AUGAAUGACACGCUUCAUUUUUCGCUCCAAAAAACGACGCCCACACUCCUUGUCUUCACACAACCACCAGCAGAACUCGUACAUCAUACACCCAUGUCGACGCGAGACUCUUCUCCUGAACCCGACGGUGAUGGCCAAGGGGAGAACCCCACAGCGACAAACGCUGGCACAAUCCCGACCAAAGGAGGUCUACUUGACUUGAUAUUUGAAUAUCCCAGUGGGAAUAAAGUGAAACGAGCGUAUGCCGUUGUUGCCUAUCCAGCAACUUAUCAGGGGGCUGUAGAAGCCGCAAUCAAGGUUUUCGAUCUGGAUAAAUCCCCGUGGAACCUCUUUCCGGGCGAUAUUUGGUUGCGUCGCUCCACUUCCAGUGCACAUGUAGACAAGGACAAAAGAUGGGCUCGGUUCCUUCCUGAAGAAUGGAACAAUGUUGUACGCCCUGGGAUUGACAAUAUCCUAGUCUCGAAUCGAUCUUUGAGGCAGAUGGACAAUGCAGAGGUGCGCCGUCGAUUCCUUUUCCUAUAG